UUAUUUUUAUUGUUUCCUACAUUUUUAAAUUGGUUCUUGAGAUAAUUAGUCAAGUCGACAUAGCAAAAGCAAAAGCUGAAAGGCCAAUCCAUUAGGUUAUAUUAAUGCCACAUUCCCCACAUCAACAAUUCAUCUACCACUUCACCAGUUUCUUCACAACUAAAAAAAUGAGAAUUGAACUCUUUACCUGGUUUUUCUCAAUCACCACACUCUCAAUCUUCUGCUUUACCACCAUUCCAGUACACAGCCGAUGUCUGGAGGAUCAAAAGUCUUUGUUGCUUCAAUUGAAGAACAACCUCCAGUUCAAUUCAGAUUUCUCUGUCUUGGUGUUGUGGAAUAAAAGCAACAAUUGUUGUGGGUGGGAUGGUGUCACUUGUGACGAUUCUGACUGUGUUAUAGGUCUCGACCUGAGCAUGCAAUCCAUCUCUGGGUCGAUUCCGAAUUCAUUUUCGAACCUAAGUCACCUUGUUCACAUAGAUUUUUCAUCAAACAAUUUCACAGGUACCAUACCUUCGUUUCAGAGAUCCAAGAAUCUCACUUACAUAGACCUCUCUAAGAAUUCUCUUACAGGUCCCAUACCUUCGUUUCAGGGAUUCAAGAAUCUCACUCGCAUGGAUUUCUCUAGUAAUGCUCUAACAGGUCCAGUUCCUUCCACUUACUUUGAAGGCCUUUCAAAUCUCGUAUAUGUUGAUCUGGGUAAUAAUUCAUUCAAUGGGAGUAUUCCUUCUUCUAUGUUUUCCCUUCCAUCUAUGCAGGAAAUUUGGCUUUCCAACAACCAAUUCACUGAAGUUUCUGGGUUUCUUCCAAAUGGUUCCUUGUCUCCUUUGGUUGCACUAGAUUUUAGUAGUAACAAACUACAAGGGCCUUUUCCCUCAUACUUUUUUGAUUUUAAGAAUCUCGGGUACCUCUACCUUUCUUUCAACAACUUCAGUGGCACCCUACAGCUAGAAAGUUUCCAUAGGCUUCAAAAUCUUAAAAUACUUGAGCUUUCAUACAAUAGCUUGUCAGUCAAUGCAAGUAUUAGUGACUCUAGCUUAUCAUCGUUUCCCCAACUCAACAGAUUACGAUUGGCUUCUUGCAAGAUGCGAAAGUUCCCUCCUCUAAUGAACCAGUUGAGCUUGGUGGGCUUAGACCUUUCUGACAACCAAAUUUCUGGGGUCAUACCUAAUUGGAUUUGGAAUCUCGGUAAUGGAUCUCUAAGUAACCUGAAUCUUUCUUGUAAUCUCCUAGUGGGUUUGCAACCGGAAUACGUUAUUCCUCGUAUUGUUGUCCUUGACCUUCAUUCGAAUCAGCUCCAUGGUGAAAUGCCAAUACCACCAAAACCAGCAUACUAUAUAGACUACUCGAGGAAUAAUUUCAGCUCUUCAAUCCCUGCUGAAAUUGGCAACGCCAUUGCCACUGUUUUUUUCUUCUCUCUUUCACAUAACAAGCUUUCUGGACCCAUCCCGCCAUCAAUAUGCAAUGGGAUCAACCUUCAGAUUCUUGAUUUGUCCUACAAUAUAUUGACUGGCACUAUACCCCAGUGUUUGAUAGAUAAAGGUACUACGACCCUUGGCGUAUUGAAUUUGCAGAAUAACCAACUUACUGGUAAAAUAACGGGGACAUUCCCGGUAGGUUGCACUUUGAGGACCCUUGAGUUGAAUGGAAAUCACUUGGAAGGCGUGGUUCCGAAGUCCCUGGCAAAUUGUGCAAAUGCAGAGGUUUUAAAUCUCGGUGUCAACAACAUAAAUGGUGACUUCCCUUGUUUCUUGGCGAACUUAUCAGAAUUGCACGUCUUAGUAUUACGAUCCAACAAGUUCCAUGGAAAUAUACGCUGCCGAGGAAUUCAUAAUUAUAUCUGGCCAAAACUUCAAAUCAUUGACCUAGCUUUCAACAACUUUAGUGGUUUUUUGCCCCCAAAAUUCUUUUCACAGAGGAAGGCAAUGAUGGAGGAGCGUAAUGCACAACCAAAUCUUAAUCACUUGCGUUUUCCAAUCUUUCUUAAUUUCUACUAUGUGGAUUCAGUGACAGUUAUCAACAAAGGGUUAGAGAUGAAACUGGUGAAGAUCUUAACUAUAUUUACCGCCAUCGAUUUCUCAAACAACAGGUUUAAAGGAGAAAUGCCAGAUACAAUUGGGGAUCUGAAAUCCCUCUAUGUUCUCAACCUAUCACACAAUGCCCUCACUGGUUCAAUCCCAUCAUCACUUGGAAACUUGUCAAACCUUGAAUCACUUGACCUCUCGUGGAACAAGCUCGACGGAAGCAUCCCGGUGGCACUUGCAAGUCUGACAUUUCUUGCAUUCCUAAACUUAUCAUACAAUCAACUCAUUGGAAUGAUCCCAACUGGCCCCCAACUUCAAUUAUUUCCAAAUAUUUCGUAUGAAGGAAACAAAGGAUUAUGGGGACCUCCUUUGACCAAUAAGGAAGCAGAACCGACACCACCAACAUUGAAUGGUACGCAGUCAUAUACUGAGGAGAAUGAGAUUAACUGGGUCUACAUAAUCGCUACGUUGGGAUAUACUGCGGGGUUUGGAGUUGUUGUUGUGCCACUUUUAUAUUCGAAAAGAUGGAGACAAUGCUACUACAGUCCUCUUGAUAGAGUUAUUGUGAGGAUUCUCCAUCAUCAAGAGCAGCGAGCAAGGAAUCAAAGAAGAAGAAACAACAUAAACCAGCUUCGGAGACGCCAGCACCACUGAAGGGCCAUCACGUGGAGGGGACAAGAUUUUGGCAUUGGGCACUAAGUUGGCUAUUUCUGUUUUAUGUCAUUUAGCAAUUUCAAUUGAUUACUUGAAUUGCAAGCAUGUUAUAAUAUAUGAUGUAAAUGAUCUCUUCUAUCAUUUGGUUAAAAAAUAUAUUGCCAUCAUGUUGUAACAA